AUGGCCGUCCAAGAACCACUGCUUCCGAGCAAUCAAGUGUUUCUUAAUUUCCGGGGAGAUGUUCGCCACGGCCUCAUCAGUUAUCUGGAGAAGGCAUUGGAAAAUGCAGGGAUCAAUGUGUUCACAGACAAAAAAGAGAUGAGGGGAGAAGAUCUAACGGCUCUUUUCCGUAGGAUCGAAGAAUCAAAUAUCGCAUUAGUCGUGUUUUCGAGAAGGUACAUGGAAUCAAAAUGGUGUUUGAACGAGCUGGUGGCGAUCAAAGAACGUGUCGAUGAAAACAAAAUUGUGGCGAUUCCCAUAUUCUAUAAGGUUGAGCCAGAUGAGUUAGAAAAGCUCCUUGAUGAAGCAUGUGAGAGUCAUCACAAUGUGCAUGAUGAUGAGCACAUUAUGAAGAAGAAGUGGAAGGUGGCAUUGACAUGUAUUAAGUCAAAGAUGGGCUUGACUUUGAACGAAAAAAGUGAAGAUAGAUAG